CUAAACAAACCUAAUUUUGUUAGCCCCUCGAAUUCCCGUCCCCCAAGAAUAGGGUGCAAUGUCAGUCUCUUCUUUGCGACUCCCACUUUCCCCAUGGAUAACCAAAGCUUCAUCUUCAUGUUUUCGUUUCCCCGACCCUGUUUUCGUUUCCCGGACUCCUCCUCUUAGGCCUGCACUGCUCCACUUUUUCUCAUCUUCUACUGCCUCCACCGAUGCUUUUUCCACUCGGUGCGCUCCGGAUCAGCUCCGGAAAUGGCAAGCUUUCCGUAAGAAAAAGGUCGUUUUGCGAAUCGGCUAUGUCGGGACUGAUUAUCGAGGGCUACAAAUGCAACGCAACCAACUGUCACAUCCAAGGUUCAAUUCAACAACUAAUUUAUUUCACAAUGACCAACUGAAACUAUUGAGAUUCUCAAUCGAACAAGAAUUGGAAGAUGCAAUAUAUAAAGCUGGUGGAAUUUGUGAUAGCAACUAUGGAAAUCUGAACAAAAUCUCAUGGGCAAGGAGUAGCCGCACUGAUAAAGGAGUUCAUUCUUUGGCUACAACAAUAACCUUAAAAAUGGAAAUCCCUGGAAGUGCAUGGAUAGACGACCCUUGUGGUAUUUCACUUGCUGAUUACAUCAACUCUUAUCUUCCUGAUAAUAUCAAGGUUUUUGGCAUUGUACCUGCACAGAAGAGGUUUGAUCCUAGAAAGGAGUGUGAUGUUCGGAUGUAUUCGUAUCUCCUCCCUGCUAAGCUUAUUGGAAUUGAAAGUAAACUUAAAACUACUGAAAUUGAUUGCCACAUCUCAGACUUUAAAGAUAUAUUAAAAUCCUUUGAGGGGGACCAUCCUUUUCAUAAUUAUACAGUACGCUCCAUUUAUAGAACGAGAAUUCGAGCCAAGCAACUAGUAUAUGCCCUUAAGUCAGGCAAGAAGGUAUCACCCGGUGAUAUGUCAAACUCUGAGUUUGAGGGAAGUGAUCAAGAAAAUGAUACUUUUGUUGAAGGAAUCAAGGAACCAGAUCAACGUUCUCCAAGCUUAAGCGUCUGUGAAAAUCUAACUGAAGUAUGCAGUAAACUUGAAGAUGGAUCAGAACUUCUGAAGGGUGUUCGUGCAAGAUGGCUUCAUGAGCCAGAUGAGAAAGAUCGUAUAGGCGCCUCACACUUCAGAAGGAUUCUUUACUGUUCUUGUGGGAAGCUGGAAACAUAUUUUGGAUGUGAUUUCAUUGAGAUAUCCAUUUGGGGAGAAUCAUUCAUGUUGCAUCAAAUUCGGAAAAUGAUAGCAACGGCUGUGGCAGUGAAGCGGAAACUUCUCCCAAGAGAUAUUAUAACAUUGUCACUGACCAAGUUUUCUAGAAUAGUUUUACCCAUUGCUCCAGCUGAAGUCUUAGUCCUAAGAGGGAACAGUUUUUCCAACAGAAAACGGCCAGGAGCUCCAAUGAGGUCAGAGUUGUUCACACUGAAUGAAUCAGAUGACAUAGUCAAUUCAGUGAAUGAAUUCUACAGAUCAGCGAUAUUGCCCGAGGUAACUAAGUUCCUGGACACAGAAAGCCCCCCAUGGAAAGAAUGGGUGGAGAAAUUGGACAAGUACACAAGCAUUCCGAAUGAAGAAUUGGAUGAAGUUAGGAGUGCUUGGAAAGCAUGGAAGUACAGGGAACAUUGAUCUGAUCAUGAGAAAUCAAGAUGGCCUUUGAAUUAUGUUGAUGUGUUUUUUUGUCUGCCCCUCUGUUGUUGGAAGUCGUCAAAAACUUGAAUGUUGAAGAAGGAUGGGAAGCAGUUGAGUUUGAGUUAGGGGAGUUAUUAAUGGCAUAAAUUAUGGGAAUUGGGCAUUGAAUGGACGUGGUCUGUGGCCACCCACCAGCCGGGGGGCGUUUUAAUAAGCUCAGCAUCAACUGCAGACAAUCAACUGGGGAAUUGGCACAAGCCACAAGGGAGUGAGCUCACAUUCAAUGUAAAUGGCUUAAAAGGCGAAAUAUGUAGGUGAGCCUUUGACACAGGGCUGUACUGAUGUUGAUUCAACUUCAUUUCUGAUGGAAAUUUGGAUCUAAACUUUGACUAAUACCCAUUAUGAACAUUUCAUGUUGCUUUCCCUCUUAAUUUACAAUGAUAUACUGUUUAUUGUUUUUUUGUUGUAGAA